CGUAAUAAAGUUCUCAAAGUUCUUGACAUUUCGGAAAACUUUCAAGCUCCUCGACAAAUCUUCCAAAAUAUUAAGAAAAUCUCGUGAAAUCCUGGACAGAUUUUCUUAAAAUAAAGUCAAAAAAGUUCCUUAUGAUCCUGCCCACAAAGGACAAUAAGAGAAUCCUUGGAAAAUGCUAGCAGAACCGGUAAAACCAACUUCUUAUGUUCUUCAACCACGUGGGAAGCCCCUGUAUGAAGAUGAGAGCAAUGCAAAUAGCUUCGGGAUGCGAAUGCUGACAAAGAUGGGGUGGAACAAGGACAAGGGUUUAGGGGCAAAGGAAGAUGGUUCGAAGGAUUUUAUAAGGAUUCGCUACAAAAACUCCUCCACGGGGAUGGGUUUCCAGGAUAGGGACACACAGUGGACAGAGCAUGAGGAGAAAUUCACAAAACUCCUGGGAAAUCUUGGCACGGAGGAGGAAGAUGAAGGAGAGGAGCGGAAAUGUGAAUCCUUGGAGGAGAAAUCAAAGAAAUCUCGUGCCAGGGUGCACUACCGGAAGUUCACACGUGGGAAGGAUCUAUCGCAGUACAGUGAGAAGGAUUUGGCAAAUAUUUUUGGGAGGAAAAGCCUGAAAGUUGAGGAACAGCCGGCAGGAGAUCCCGAAGUAGAUGAAGCAGGAAUGAGUAGCUCAUUUGGCGUUCAAACAUCAACAUCCCGUCUCUCCAGCGCUGACUAUUUCCGGCAGAAAAUGAUGUCUUCUAGUCAGGAAGGGGAUGAAGGAACUGAAGAGUUAGAAAUUGGUGAGAAAACUGGUAAAUUGAAGAAGAAAAAACGAGAAAAAGAAGCAGCAGAGAAGACAGAUGAAGUCAAUAAAGGUUCUGCUAAAAAGAAACGAAAAAAGGUUAUAGAAGAUGAGGAUCCUAGUAAGGUUCCUGAAGAAGAAAUUGUUCAGGAAGUUGAAGAAGAAUCUUCAGAAAAAAUUUCUGAGAAGAAAAAACAAAAGAAGAAGAAGCAAAAGAAGAACAAACAGGAAGUAGCAGAAACUUCUAAAAAUCUUCAUGAAGAUUUGGAAACUCCUCAAACUAUUCAAGAAGCUUUAGAACCUUCCGGGAGUCAAGAAGAAAUUUCAACACAGCCUGAAGAUGGAAAAGAAGAAGAAACAGAAGCUACGGAAACUAAAAAGUCCAAAAAGAAACGGAAAAACAAGAAUCCGGAAAACAAGGAAGCAUCCGAAGUAGUUCAGGAAGCAGAAAAUAUUGAAGAAUUCCCAGAAAUUAACUCUGAAUCCCUUCCUGCUGAAGAAAAACAAAAAUCCAAAAGAAAAAGAGAUAAAAUGAAGAUAAAAGAAGAUUCAGGAAGUUCCCAAAUAGAUGAUGAAACUUCUGAGCAAUCAUGGAAGAAAAGAAAACUCCAGGAAGUCCCGAAAAGCGAAAGUAAUGAAGAAGAAAUAAUUAUUAUUAAUGAAGAAGCUUCCGGAAGUGAAGAUGCAAGCCAAGAGCUAAAGAAAAAGAAGAAAAGAAAUAAGAAAGUGACACAGGAAGCUUCCCAAAACAUUUCCGGAGAAGGAUCUUCACAAGAAAAUGCAGAAAUCCCAAAAGAAGACAAGAAAAAGAAGAAAACUCCCAAGGAGGAAGAAUGUGAAGAUAAACCUUCAAUUGCUGCUCCGGAAGUCAAGGAAGGACCUCAAGAACUUUGUCCGGAAGUCCAGGAAACCCUAGCGGGGUACACAUCCGGUGAAGGAGUGAAGUUUAAGAUUAACCUGAGGCAAAGUGACAUCUUCCUCAAUCUCGAUCUGAAGCAGAUGAAGGGAAGCAACGGACACUGUUUCAUUGGAUACGGUUUGAGUGAGAAAAUUGACCUGGAUGUCAUUGAAUUCUAUCAAGAUACAAAGCCUGCACUCCCGGAAGUUUCCAAAGUGGAAAAUGAUUUGUAAAAAUGUAUAAAUCUAUAUAAUAAAGAAAGGUCUCUCUAAAA